CCACUCUCUCUCGCUGCACUGUAGUCGCCGCAACCCAGAACAGCGGCACGAAACCCCGAACUCCCUCCCCCCUCGCGCCGCCUCCCUCCCCGAUGGAGCCUCUGCAGGAGGCGGCGGCGGCGGCAGCCGGCGGCCGCAAGCGGCGCCGCCGAGGAGGCGGCCGGAACCGCCGAAAGCACCAGGCUUCGUCCUCUUCGGGGGCGGCGGCGUCGGCGUCCCCGCCCUCCCCUCCUGCGAAGCGGCAGCGCGGGGACGACGCCGCGCCCAAGGGACGGGGCAGCAAGCCGAAGCCCGCGAGCCUCCUCGACAAGAUGCGUGCAAGGUUAUCUGGUGGUCAUUUCAGAAUGUUAAAUGAGAAACUAUACACUUGCAGUGGACAAGAUGCAUUUGACUACUUCACAAAUGAGCCUGAUCUUUUUGAUGUGUAUCAUGCAGGAUAUCGAGAGCAAAUGUCGCAUUGGCCAGAGCAACCAGUAAAUGUUAUAAUCAAUUGGUUGAAGAGUCAUAGUGCAUCUUGGACAGUUGCAGAUUUUGGCUGUGGCAAUGCAGCAGUUUCUAAAAAUGUGAAGAACAAGGUUUUCUCCAUCGAUCUUGUUUCAGAGGACCCUUCAGUCAUUGCCUGUGAUAUGGCUCAUACUCCAUUGGAGUCAUCCUCUGUAGAUGUGGCAAUUUUUUGUCUGUCUUUAAUGGGAACAAACUAUCCGAGUUAUAUAGAGGAAGCAAACCGAGUUCUCAAACCAAGUGGUUGGCUUCUUAUUGCUGAAGUGAGGAGUAGGCUAGACCCAAACACUGCAGGUGCUGAUCCUGAUAAAUUUUGUGAGGCCAUCAGCAAGCUUGGGUUUUCCCUUGUUUCGAAGGAUGCGAAAAACAAAAUGUUCAUUCUGUUCCAUUUCCGGAAAAAGGAAAAGAGUAAGGUGGUCAAAAACAUCGAUUGGCCUCAGUUGAAACCUUGCUUGUACAAACGGCGAUGAUCUCAUCCAUUGAUAACUGUAAUUGUACUAGACCUCUUCCAAGGUUCUCUUAAAUUAAGUUGUUGAUGUACUCUAUGUUCCCUUAUCUCAGGCUUAUCUGUUUCCGUUACUUUCUCUUUUUGUUGUCGCGUGAUUUUCUUUAUGCAAUUAUGCGUUGGACCUCACCAGACAAAGGCCUAGUCAUCUAGUGGCCUGUCGAAUGAGGUAUGCUCACAGGGCAGAGUAUAAUUCUGAAUCUGAUGCAUAUCCUGCGUGAGCCUUGUACUCAAACUAAACUAGCAAGUAAGAUUAGCAACUUACGAAUGCA